AUGAGCCUUGGAAAUUUCAACGCCACUUUAUUUCCACAAGAUCGAAAUGGUAGUGCCCCAUCCUCUUCUACUGAUUCUGAUGUCAACGGCAUGGUUUAUGAGUAUGACUGCAGUUUGCAAGACCUGGGAUUUCAUGGUCCGAACUUCACUUGGUUCCGAGGUACGUGUUCUGUCCUUCUGGAUCGUUGUCUGGGAAAUUCGGCUUGCUUUGAAUCUUAUCUGUUGUCCUCUUUGGAAUAUCUCACUAGAAUGAAGUCUGACCACCGGCCUAUUUUGUUGUCUAGCCAUCCUACCUCUUUGCGACGAACCUACCCUCCUUUCCGUUAUUUUUUUGGGUGGAAUUUGCAUGGUGAUUUUAAGCGCCUUGUGACUGAUAAUUGGGAUUCUUCUUUACCUAUUAUGGAUUUGCCUCUUUCACUACUGCGGCUGUCACUUGGAAUCGUGAUGUUUCGGGUCCAUUGGCAAGAAUAA